CAUCGUGACUCAAGGAGGAAUUAGUUUUUUCAGAACUGCAUAAGCUUUAUUAAAAUUCCUAGAAGGAAAAUCUUCUCUUAUUGGAUAUCGCAGGUCAUUAGUUGCACUCUGGAUUGCUCGGAUGGUAUUUGUGAUAUUCUGAAUAAGGUUAAAAUAAUUUACUUCUAAAAGCUUUUGUAUUAUUAAGAGGAUAGAUACGUAGAAGAAAAGGGAGAAGACUACUCACGUUUUUGCUCAAAGGAAUUUAUUUUGAUCUUAAUUAGUUUAAAAUGGCAAAGGCUGAGUUAAACAAUGAGAUUGUUCUCUUGCGCCAUGCGGUUCGUCAAGCACGAAUUUGUAUGGUGAAUAAGCUGGUUAAAGAGGCCAAGAACUUACGGAAUAGAAAUGGGAAUGAAGCACAAUUGGAGAAGAAUAAAAGAAAAGCUGACAAACUUAUCGCCGAAGUUUAUGCACUAAAAACGAUUAAAGACGAUGAUAUUUCCAAAUUUGGGAUCUUAAAUGAAAGAGGUCUGACAGAAAUAUUACAAGAUCAAUCUUCAAGUCAUGGUUUUCGAAUAACAGCAAGGGUUGCGUAUUACAAAAAUCUUCAUAGAAGAAUAAUGCAAGUUAGAGACAGAUUCCCAGACUAUAAAAAAUAUUUAACGGAAGAAAAGAAAAAAUCUACAAAGUUAAAAAAUAAGGAUGCUGCAAAAACUAAAAAAUCUUCAAAAGAAAAUAGUCCUCGCACUCGGAAUAAAAAUUCAGAGAAACAAAAAGUUAAAUCAGACAAAAAUAUCGAUUAUUCACAACAUAAUUCAACAUCAGAAGAUGAAGAAUCGUGUAGUACUGAAUUACCUGAAGCUGAAAAUAACUCGUGUAAACGCAAAAAAUCUUUGAGCAAAGAUAAUACAUCCUUGAAAAAACAGAAGUUAACAGAGCUGAAAGAAGAUAGCACGUCGGAGGAUACUGAUGUAGAUAAGCAAUCAAAUUUAAUUAAGCCAUGUAACAUUACGAAAGAAGCUACAGUGAAAAGGUUCACAGAGCUCAUAAAAGAAGAAGAAUCUAGCAUAGAUGCGCAGACAACUGCUGAAAGUCUAAAUCCCGCGGGCACUGCAAAUGAUCAAGCAAAGGUAGUCGAUAACUUUUUUCUUACAGAAGAUAAUGAAGAUUACCAAGGAAGUAGUAUUAGCGCAUCGACAUCGUACGCAAAACCUCACAAACAUAACACACGAACCAAAUCAUUGCAAUUCAGUGAUCGAGGUAAAAAAGAAAAUGCAAAGUAUAAAAACAAUGUAGACUUGAAAAAAUAUCCGGCCGAACGAUCCUCUGCUGCGAGACCAGAGAAAAGGACUACCAAUAAGAUUACAAAGAGGACAAAUAAGAGCAAUCCGAACGAUGUCAGUAACAAAAAGGAAAACGCCGAUGUACAUCCCUCUUGGUUGGCUAAAAGAAAAGAGCAGGAAGUUAUAAAGCAAGGAUUCCAAGGCAAAAAGAUUGUAUUUACGGAUGAUUAGGCGUAACAGUAUAUAUAUAUAAUACAUGGAACAAGAAACUUACAAAUUAAUGAAACACUUUUAUGCAAAGUGCGUUGCAAACUUAUGGCGUAUGUUCGUAACAUUGUUUUGACAAAAAGAUAUACAUAUGUACAUUUAUCUUUAGGUUUAAUAUUUUUUUAAUGUAAAUAACAUUUAUGCAAAUGUUGUAAUAAUGUUAUAAUUUGUAGUUUCUUUCGCUAAACAGUCUGUAGUUUUGUUAAAUAAAAUGCAAUUGUGUCAUCAUA